CUAAGCUUGUAGGCACAUUCAAAACAGCUGAUGUGUGAGCCCGGUGUGGAAGUCUGUGUUUAGCACUGCUUGUUGUGUAGGCCUAUGACAGACAGAGGGAGAGAGAGAGAGAGAGAGUGCCGCUAGAUCUAUUGGAUACUUUAGCUGCAUUGCGUUUAGUUACCACUGGCGACAAUUUUUUUUAUUAGACUAGAGAGAAGAAACAGAUACAGAUAAACCAAAACAAUGCCACCGAGGAAUAAAACAGAAACUCAAGACUAUGAAGGUGAUAUACUUGGCUUGGACCAAGUGGAGAUGAUACCACCAGAUCCUGCACAUGCACAGAAGAGGCCUCCGACUGUCAUUGUUUGGCGCAAUGUUAUUCUCUUCAUUUUACUACAUAUCGGUGCAUUCUAUGCUCUUUUCCUCCUACCAAAGACCAUGUAUCAAACAUUUAUAUGGACUGUGCUCAUAUUUUGGCUGGCUGCCCAGGGAGUGACGGCUGGGGCACACAGACUAUGGGCACACAGAUCGUACAAAGCAAGGUUGCCUUUGAGAAUCUUUUUAGGCAUGUGCAACAGCAUUUCAUUCGAGAAUUCCAUUUUGGAAUGGUCACGUGACCACAGGGCCCACCACAAAUUCUCAGAAACGGAUGCAGACCCCCAUAAUGCCAAACGUGGGUUUGUCUUUUCCCACAUUGGCUGGUUGUGUGUAAAGAAACACCCUGAUGUCAAGGAAAAAGGAAAAAUGAUUGAUUUGUCAGACUUGAAAAAUGAUCCCGUCGUAGCUUUUCAGGACAGGCAUUACAUGAAGUUGGUACUCGUCUUCUGUUUUAUUCUGCCAACCUGCGUCCCGGCAGUAUUCUGGGGUGAGAGUCUCUUCAAUGCGUUCUAUAUUUGCACACUUCUGCGCUACACCCUGGUGCUGAACGCCACAUGGCUGGUCAACAGUGCCGCCCACAUGUGGGGGAAUCGACCUUAUGACGAGCGCAUCAACCCGGCUGAGAACUUUGCAGUGGCUCUCUGUGCCUCUGGAGAAGGCUUUCACAAUUACCACCAUGUUUUCCCCCAUGACUACUCGACCAGUGAAUUUGGUUGGCAUUUGAAUAUUACCACUCUUUUCAUUGAUUUUAUGUAUUUGGUUGGCCAAGCGUACGAUCUCAGAAAGAUUCCCAAGGAUGUCAUCUUGCGGCGCAAACUUCGCACAGGGGAUGGGUCAAAGCAUUAAUUGAGAAAUGUCUUUCGGUAAACUUGAUAUGUUUUUCUCCCCUACCCAGAGCAACCCAAGGUAUGAAAUGUACCACCAUUUGAAAGUUACUAGCUGUGUGAUGGUAGUUUCAGAGCCAACUUUCUAUUGACACGGGUAGUUAAGGGGCUUUUUUUUUUUAAAUUUCAGUGUUCCAUAUUUUUCCUCUUAACAGAUUGUGUUAGUCGGGGUUGUUUAUUUACAGUGUUUGUUCCUCUGAAGAUUCAAGAUCAAAUCUGUUUGUGAGACUCUUUCUUUCUAAUCUUUACAUGGAAAUUGAACUUGAAAAGAAUAACAUUGUAAUUUACAAUAUGUUCCAUAGUAUUCCAUUUGUUUUUUGUUGUGUUCCUGACAAUGAUGACUAAUGUGGUGGAUGAUGUUUAUAUUCCAUUGUUACACCUCUCAUAGAAUUAUGAUCAUGUUAUUUGCAGAUGUGAUUUAUGAGACGCAAAAAUAUUUUACUUGUUGUUGAUUUUAACUUGUAGAGUACAAUAUGUAGUGAAGGUGCUCAUUCUUAACUUCUUUUUUUUUGUAAAAUCCACCUCAUGAAGGAUAAUACGGCUGUUUUAUCUGAAAAUGUUCAGGUCUCAAUUCAGCAUGUCUUUUUUAAGCUAAGAUUAAUUAUAUCAUGGAAAAAAUCUUCUUUAAAAAAAAAAAGAAAGAAAAUUAUUUUAAAAAAAAGAAAAUUAUUGUCCGUAAAGGAAUCUGAAAACGAUGUUAAUUUUUGGCAUUACUCAAGAAUUGUGGAUGUGAAGCAUAUGGUAAAAAGGAGAUAAUUUAUAAGCUCUUUUCCUUUAAUUGUUCUGAUAUGAUGGACAUUUAGGGGUUUUGUAACAGUUGUUGAAAGCCAUAUUAUAAGUUGUGAAAUUAGCAUCGUUUUGCUGCUAUUGCUCUUAGCUGUCAGAAGCAGGUUUCAAGUCUUGAUACUGCUUUUGUAAAAAGAAGUAUUCUUAACAGUGUUUUUAAACGUAUACCCCCAUCCCUGAAAAUGUCUCUGCCACAGCCCACCCUUUUGUCCUCAACAAUGAUUUUUCAAAGUAGUUAAGUUUUGUGUUGUACAAAGCCUCAGUUGGUAAACUUUUAAUUGUGCUGAGUCAGGUCGUGGUUCAAAUAAUGUUUUAAUUUGCUCCUGAACCUGGUUUGUUUUCAAAGUUUUUGUAACCUUUCCAUCCCCUCCUUUAGCGGACAGAUGAUUAUUGAUUGGUCCUGCCUCUUGCACAACAAUGGCUCUUGAUAGAGAAAAAAUAAUUGCAUAGAGGGGCGUUAUCUUUUAUCAAAGCCUUUCGAGCUCCCUUUAAAAAUACUCAUUUAUCUAGGUCAACUAGUUCCUCUGUAGUUGGUAACUUAAUAUAUGAGAUUGCCUUUCCUGUUGUUUUUACCAUAUAAUAUUGUAAAUGCCUGUAUUUAUUUGAAUCAAACUAGUGCCGCAAGACUGUCUUGUGUAUGAUUCACAUGCUAUCAACAGGACCUUUUAAGAAUAUGUGCUCCGGGUUGUCUUUUACACAUAUAAUUAGUAUAUUAUACCCUUGGAAUCUGUAGUUUUGUUAUUUUUAUGGAAAUGCUCUAAUGCAUAACAAGUUUUGAAAUGAAAGGAGCACAACUUUAUAAAAAAGAUUCACAUAGUUUCUGAGCUGUUAUGAUCCACAGCACUUGUAAAAUAGUCGUUUUAUUUUGCUUUUACAUUCCUUUUUCCCUGCAGUUCUUCUGCUUGAUUCUUUAGAUACUUGUAAAAGAUAAAAAAUGUGUGUGUGCGUGUUUGCUGUGGAUGUAGCAUAGCACUGAUUUUCACCCUAAUUUAUAGGUUUGAUGCAAGAUAGUGGGCACAAGAAUUGCAUUGAAUUCCUUUGUUUCGAGAAAUUAUCAAGCAAAUGAUUAAAGGGUUUAUUGCUGAAAAUUUGCUUAUUCUUUAAAUUGUUAAUGUUGCUGGGACUCUAGGUGGAUUUGAAAGUGAGUGUACUUGGUUCUUACUUGUUUAUAGUUCAGUGCAGUUUUUUAAACAAAAACCUUCCUCAACGUGUGUGUACUUUCUGUAUCUAAUCUACUCAGUGGGGGUGGCUAUAAAUUGGUUUACCUCUUUGAGAUGAAUUGGGUUUUGUUAGACAACACUGAUUGUCAUGUUUUUAUCUCUACACUCAAUGAAACCCAUGAUUGUUUCUUUUUUUUCGCACUGAACAGAGGACUCAUAAUAGUAUUUUUUGUCUGUGAACAAUACAGUAUAAUGAAUUUUUUUUUUUUUAAAUAGAUUGCUAUUGUUUAUUUGUGUUCACCAAGUGCUUGUAAUUUUGGAUGUUAUGAUUACAAAUACAAAUUGUCCUAUUAGAAAAUGUAUUGUGGUUUAUAAAAAGUUCCAUCACUUAACUAAACUUACAUAAAUAGACGAGAUGUCAUUUUCAGUUAUCAUCAAACAAAAAAAACUUUAUUUUUUAUCAAUGUUCACUGAUUAUAGCUAUUAUUGUUACAGCCUUCUGAUAGGAUUUUGUCUCUUUCUUUAUAUCUGGAAGCUAAAGACAUCACCUCGAGUUUUCAGAUGCUGUGACUAUUUUGCAGUAGUGCUCAUAGCGAUGGAGUGAAUGGGGUUUAACUUUUUUGUGAUUAGUUGAAAUUCUUUGUGGAUAAUGACUUCUGAAUACUUUGUACUACAAGGGUUUAAUAUUGGUCAGCUGACUUGCUUACUUUAACUCCUUAUCUACAGCAAGCCGCUCCCACAGCAGCUCGCGGUUGGAAGUGGUGAGCCGCUGGCAGUAGCUUGGGCACAUUCCUUUAAGACAACUUUGACAUCAAAUGACUUUUUGGCAAGAAAACAGGUGUCUUUUACCAGGAGUUCAAUAUUUAGAUGAAGAAGUAUGAAAAUAGGUUUAUUUGUUUUGAUUUAAUGACCAAUUUACUGACAUAAUAUAUGUCAAUUUUGGAUUUUGCACCAAAAGAAGGCCCUGGCAUAGUGGGUUUACCUUCCUCGGAGAUAAAGAGUUAAAAUUUAGUACUCAGAGAUAAAGAGUUAAAAUUGAGUAUAGGAUUCAUUGGAUGAAUGAAUAGCUUACUUAUAUUAAUCACAUUUUUCCUUUUCAUAUGAAACACUGAGGGGGAAAAAUAAGUUGGAAAGAUCAUGCUAUGGUAUAAGGUUUGUAAUGCAUUUAAGGAACUUGCUUUUACUUUGUGAACUAGCUCAUAUUUAUGCUGGCAUUCAGGUACAUUCUUGAAAGCUAAUACAGUGGGGCAUGCCUAACUUGAAAACACAAAUUACUCAUACUUGGGGGUCGUAUCCCAAUUUUGAGUGUGUAUGUUAUCAUAUUCAAGGGGAGCCAAAACAUGGGUAACACUGACUCCGUUUAUCAUUCUGUGAUGGUAAUUCAGUACAGGAGACAAAAUGCCUGUAUUUAAGUUGAACUCCUCUUUCUACAAAACUUCUCAGUCAGUGGUCAGGCUUGGACAGAUGUAGAGAAGCUACUCACUGACCUAGGAUAAGCUGAUAGGGCUGAGUAGAUGCAAUGUUAUUUGCAGGAAAAAAACAACAGCAGAGUGAAAGAGAGAACUAGGUGGGGCAAACUGUUCCCAUGUAGUUCUUCAUAGCCACAAGUCACUUACAGUAACAUUCAUUAACAGAAAAAAGUUGGAUAUGGAAGACAGAAGAUGUGGUUCUCGAAAGUUGGUCAUGUCACUCCACUGAAAAUAGCCCUGGGUACUACUAGCCUACUAGUUGAUGCCAAGGUUUGGGUGGGACAUGGGAACAGAAGUGUAUAAUUUGCAGCUGGAGAGAGAAUGAUAUCUUACUAAUUAUGUGUUGAAGCAAGAACAGGGGAGCAGUCAGAAAGUUGCGCUGCAUUGGAAUAUUGUAAGACUUUGGUUGCCAUUUACAUUACACCAGUGUAUCUGGAAUCUCAGCUCUAUUUAAUUUUAAUUAAACAUGUGACAAGCUCCAAAUGAGUUUGAGUUAUCUGUUUUUCUAUAUAAGGGACUAUUUUUGUAAUGUUGAACUUGCAGAAUGAUUUACAUACUCAAAAUAAGGAACAGGAUAUUUAAAUAGUAAAAGGUAGUGAUUAUGAUGAGAGAUAGUACCAUGCUUAUUUGGAAUGGCAUAUUAUGUAUAAUAUGUUCAAGUACAGUGACUGCGAACAAUUUUUUUCUUUUGUCUUGCCAUUGUUCUUUUUACAUUUAUUGAUGAGUACCUUUCACCACUCUCAUGUCUUUAUAUGACAUGUAAUAGCUACUACAAACGCCUCUGAUAAUUGUCAUGUAUCACAGUGCCAUUUCUGAAGAAAAUAUUUUAAAACUGCUUUGAGAAUUCCAGCCUCUCAUUAAAUGAUUAAGAUUCUAGUUACUAGUAAUACUAGAAUACUUGAGAUGGAAAGUGGUGUGAAUGAAAAAAAAGAGUGAUUUGAAUUCAGCUCACAGUGAAGGGAAAAACCUUGAGGAAUAACAAUUAUGUAUUUUAGUCUUUUUCGGAGACAAGACAACACCAGUCAAAGAAAAAUAAAAAAGAUUUGAAUAUUUUUUAAAAGAUGUAAAUUGUACAGGGUAGUUUUGAGUAUUCAUGUGCCAUGCCAAAAGCCUCAAAUGAAUCUGGUGAUGUGAUGAUCUCCUUUACAGCUUGAUUUUAAAUGAGGAAGCUUAUCCCGACUGACUGAGAGCACACUCCUGAGUAUGACAACCUUUGCCCUUCUGUGCAUUGAACACUCAUCUUAGCAUAUAUAUAUAUAUAUAUAUAUGUCGAUGUAUGUUAAGCUGUUGAUGCUUAGGUGCACAGGUCCUGUAGGCUCAGAGGACAGGCUUAAAGAGUUAUGUAAAUUCAGAAAGGGCAUUUCUAUUGCAUCUGAGUGACGUGGGUUCACUUCAGUAGAAAAAAUAUGGGAAUCAAAAUAUGAGCUAUUCAAGAAUGUUGUGGUAUUUAUCAGAUACCACACUGUUUUUCUGAAUUGUAUUGUUUUUCUUUUUUUAUAAUGUUUAAGUCUGUUGUCUGUUACUUAUCUUUUUACUAUAUUUGCAACUUUCAAAUUGUUGCUUAUGUGCUCUCCUGGUACAGCAAACAAAAUCUGAAAAUAUGAGUGUUUAAUUUCCCAUUGCUGCUUUUUUGCUAAGAAAUCCUGUUUAUAAUUACUGUUCGUAAUAUGGCAAGAAAAUUGAAACCAUGAAAUAAAAAUUACUUUAUUUCUUCCGAGUUUUUUUAUGUUCUUUGCUGACUUUAUAGCUGUAUGCAAUUUUGGGAUGUACUGUACUUAUUGUAUUUAUAUGGUUAUUUGGUGUGGGAACGAAAGUUAUUGUCUGAAUUAUGGGUUUAAAUACAUUUUCCUGCCACUCUGCAGGUUGGUCGGCGUGAAUUUUGGAAUAAUAAGUAGCAAUCUCUUUUAUCUGCCUACUUAUGUCUGUGGCUGUCUGCCUUGCAAAGAAGAUGUGAGUUUGAUUCCCACUUCAAAAAAUCUUUUAUUAUCUUCAUCUUUCUGCUGUGAUGUUUCCUAAGCAGCCUGAGGUUGGCCAUGACAGGCAGGGUGGAAGCAGCCCAGCUUCAAAUCAAAAUUAUACUGGAGGGACAUAAAACAUUUACCACACAUUUAGGCCUACUUCAAAGUCACUCCCUAGAAGCUCAAUGCUUCAGAGGAUUUACAAGUAUGCUUUAACAUAAAGCAUACUCUGACAUGAAUCUCUUCAUAAUCUGGUUAUUAUUUUUAUUACUUCUCUCGUUUUGGGUUUUUCCCUCUUAUAUCACCCAUGUAGUGACUGGCCCAAUAUCUGCGCCUCUAAGUGAGCAGGGGAAGCUAAAAAAUAUAGUCGGUCACUUUCAUUUUAGGAAAAGAUAGGGGAUGAAUGAUGGAAGUGUAUUGCACCUAAGUCUGUUUAGCCAAACGUCAUGCUGUGUUGCUUAACCUUUUUGAAAAGGCAAGACCUUUGUGAAGGUUUUUUUUACUAUCUCAUUGGUAAGUUUGCACGAUGAAGAAUGCAUUUAAAAGGAUUGAGCAUGCAAAUUACAAUAGUAAAUACAUCCAGAGAAACUUGCAUUUCAGCAUAUAUUUUUUUUCAUUGUGCACAUGGGUGUUUUAAUAGAUGACCUUAAGGCAAAAGUCUGCUUGAAAUUCAAUAAUGAGUUAUAAUAUAAAACUAAUAACAACUCUAAAAUGCUAGAAAAAAUUGGUUUCUGUGAACAGUUGACUAAAUACACCAAUGCCUCUCAUCAUGUAUUGACCUAUUAGUAUUAAUGAACUUUGUGGGUGUUGCAUUCAAACAAAUAUGAAUUUAAGUAUUCUUGUUAUGCAUUCACAAGUUUCACUCCGACUUGUAUGCCAAGUGAAUAGUCUAGUCAAAAGAACCUCUUGGGGGAAGAUUUGGUCAUGAAAAAUAUUUUGUGAGAACAUAAUAUAUAUUAUUAAAAAUUUGAGUGUAAAAGUGAUGGAAAUUGAGGCUGAACUGAGAAACAGAGAAGAGUAGGAAGGUUCUAACAGAUCGGCGGAGAAGUUGGAAUUUGUUGUCUACUUUUUGAUCGAGUGUCCUCAUAAAACUGGGUGUUUUUUUGGACAAGAGAACUAUAAACUGUACUGUAAUGAAAACUGUAUCUUGAGAUUUACUGUUGCUCUAAUUGCCAUUUCCCUUUUCUGGAAAAGAAACAAAUGUGCUUGUACAAUAGAAAAAGUAUUACUGUAUAACGCUGUGGGUAUCUGUGAUUUUAGUCACUGCUGACUAUCCAUCCCUUUGUCAAAUUGUGUGAUGCAAAAACAUUUUCUGAGUUUUGAUAAUAAACAAAGAACAUUUUACUGCACUUAAUUUUUUUUUCAUUUUGAAAAAGAAGAAGCUACGAAUAGUGUUGUUUGAUUGCCUACUUAUUUGAUAAGCACACAAAUAUGAACCUUUUGUCAAAAUUCCUCUGGCUAUUCUCAUGGUUAUUUCUUAUAACUAUUUCUUUCCUACUGUUCAUGAAUUGCUGUUUUGAAAUUGUGAAAUUGUCUGUCGAUUACUUCAGUGCAGAACGUUUUACUAAAAAGGUUAGAUACUCCCCUCGACCUGUGAGAUUAGGUUUGGCAGUUUUGCCUUAUUUGAAAUCAUCAUGGAUUUUCAUGUGUAGGAGUUAAUAAAGAGGAGUGUUUUAUUAAGCA